UGCUCAGGGUUCAUGUAGAAAGGCAGAAAGUUUCACAUGAAGGUGGAGAGAAGGUCUUCCAGUUCAACACGUACCAAAAUUGAGGAGAAGAAUGGACAAUAUUUCAAACAGGGUCACCAUCAGCAAUGCGGCAGACAUCAGUGUCAUUGUUGGAUAUUUCCUUGUGGUUCUUAGUGUUGGCGUUUGGUCCAUGUUUCGGACCAACCGUGGGACCGUGGGAGGGUAUUUCCUAGCAGGACGCUCCAUGUCCUGGUGGCCGGUUGGAGCAUCUUUGUUUGCCAGUAACAUCGGCAGUGGACACUUUGUCGGGUUAGCAGGAACUGGAGCAGCCAGUGGUAUAGCUGUGGGGGGGUUCGAGUGGAACGCUCUUUUCACUGUUCUGCUGCUGGGCUGGCUCUUCGUACCAGUCUACUUGACAGCUGGGGUGAUCACAAUGCCGCAAUACCUGAAGAAGAGGUUUGGUGGGACCAGAAUAAGCUUGUACCUGUCCGUCGUUUCCCUGUUCCUGUACAUUUUCACCAAGAUCUCUGUGGACAUGUUCUCAGGAGCUGUCUUCAUCCAGCAGGCCUUAGGGUGGAACAUCUACCUAUCUGUCAUCGCCCUCCUGAUAAUCACAGCUGUGUACACGGUCACAGGUGGCCUGGCGGCUCUGAUGUACACAGAUACAGUCCAGACGUUUGUCAUCAUUGCUGGUGCUUUUGCCCUUGCUGGAUUCUCUUUUGCUGAAAUUGGAGGCUACGGUGCUCUGCUGGCAAAAUAUAGCUCUGCUGUGCCCCACAACUACACCUCUUUGGACCCCCAGCGCUACAACAUUUCCUCACAGUGUUACACUCCAAGACAGGAUGCCUUCAGUCUGCUGAGGGACCCCACAACUGGAGACCUACCCUGGCCUGGGGUGCUGUUUGGGAUCUCAGUAUCAGGGAUCUGGUACUGGUGCUCUGACCAGGUGAUCGUGCAGCGGUGCCUUGCAGCCCGUAGUCUCACCCAUGUGAAAGCUGGCUGCAUUUUGUGUGGCUACCUGAAGCUGCUCCCCAUGUUCCUCAUGGUGUUCCCCGGCAUGAUCAGCAGGAUCCUGUUCCCAGAUGAAGUUGGCUGUGUGGUGCCCGAGGACUGUAAGAGGAUCUGUGAGACAGAGGUGGGCUGCUCCAACAUUGCCUAUCCUAAACUGGUGGUGACCAUCAUGCCCAGCGGUUUGCGAGGCCUGAUGCUGGCAGUGAUGCUGGCUGCUCUCAUGUCUUCUCUGGCUUCCAUUUUUAAUAGCAGCAGCACUCUGUUCACCAUGGACAUCUGGACUCGAAUCAGACCACAGGCGGCUGAGCGAGAGCUCAUCAUUGUGGGCAGAGUCUGGGUUUUGUGCAUAGUGGCCAUCAGUAUCUGCUGGAUUCCUGUGGUCCAGGCAGCCCAGAGCGGUCAGCUGUUUGACUACAUCCAGUCAGUCUCAAGUUAUCUGUCUCCCCCCAUUGCGGCCAUCUUUUUGCUGGCUGUUUUUGUGAAGAGGGUCAAUGAGACGGGAGCUUUCUGGGGGCUGAUCGGUGGUCUGGUGAUGGGUCUGUGCCGAAUGUUACCGGAGUUCUGGUUUGGCACCGGCAGCUGCACCUUCCCCUCUCAGUGCCCUUUCCUGCUGUGUGGGAUUCACUACCUGCACUUUGCCAUCAUCCUAUUCUUUUGUACAUCAGUGCUAGUGCUUAUAGUCAGCCUCUGUUCUGAGCCCAUACAGGAAAAGCAUCUCCAUCGUCUGGUGUUCAGUCUGCGACAUUCCAAAGAGGAGAGGGAAGAUCUGGAUUGGGAACAGGAGGAACAAGAGAGGAGAGCCAAGGAGAUGGAACGACAGAAGAAUGCUACUGCAGUGGUUGAAGAGCGAAAAAAGUCUGUUAUCAAUCGUCUGGUUGCCAGUCUCUGUAAUCUGGGAGGAAACUCUCAGACUCAGGAACCAGAUGAACGACAGGAGCCAGAGAAUCAGGAGCCCCAGAUGCCGGACAUCAGUGAGGACCCGGUGUGGAAGUACACGGUGGACGCUAAUGCUCUUAUUAUGAUGACUGUGGCUGUUUUCAUGUGGGGAUACUUUGCUUGACCUGUGAUCUUAGGGUCCUUAAAACAAAUUAGAAAUAAAUGAAUUUGUGUCCAAUUCUGUGAUUCUGAAACAAAAAUCCUGGAGAUCAAGAGCAGACCAAUACCUGUAAAUAAUAAAGUAACUGAUUAUAAAGCAAGGAAGUCUUCAUUAAUCUGUUGAUCAAGCUGAAGAUUUCUUUCUGUGAACAGUUUCAGCUGAUCCAAUCACCUCCCACAUUGGCUUUCUCCCGAAGAAGGCCCAGCAGAGGUAGUACUUUUCAAAACAACGUAACCCUUGUGCUAUCCUAGCCAUGUUUGCAUUAAAAGUGGCGUUAUCUGGACCCCACAAGACAGCGGGCUGAACUUUUUUUUUUCCAAGGAUUUUUUUAUCUUCACUGGUGUCCAUUGCAGGUAUGAAAUCCUGUCAACCUUUGUCCACCUUUGUCAAGGAAGGGAUCGCACAUCAAUAAAAGGGUGGGGUCGCCUGGACCCCAUUAGAGAGCACAAAAGAGUUCAACCUGCCUCAGGAGCUAUUAUCUUUUACAUUACAAAAAUCCAGUUUGUCAGUUAGUCUGGAUUGGAUCUGCAACCAGUCACGACAAGGACCGACUGCAGAGAACCAUUGGGUCUGCAGAAAGGAUCAAUGGUUCUGACCUUCCCUCCAUCCAGGACCUGUACCGGGGAAAAGGGUUAGGAACCCCUUACACCCGAACACAAUCUCAAUAUAAUCCUCCUCUCAGGCCAAAUUU